CAAUGGGGCAGGCAGUGGUGAAAACAGAACAAGUGAGUGUCUAUCCUGAUAUUCCGUUGAAGAAGUAUUGAGGAAGUGUUUCCAGGGGCUGAUGAAUGUCCACCCAGUGUCUUUGGGCUGAAUGUUAGGACACAGAGAGCAGUCUGUAAGUGUGCUCCUUGGAUCACUUUCCAUGACUCAGAAGGAUGUCCCACGCUGCCUCCCUCGCAGCAUUGUUUCCCCGUCCCUCUCUCGCUCCCACCUCCGCUCCAUUCCCUCCCUUCUUUCAAAUAGUUUACUGCCAACAAUGCUCAAUCCUGCAUCUGACGAAGCUGGAUGGACUCUUAUAGAGCUAAAUAUGGAUACUGGGUGGGUGAACUAACACCAGGAUGAUCUUAAAGCUGAGAGAAGAGGGAGAAGGGAUCUUCAUGUGAGCCAAGGAGACGCAGACAUCUCGAUGGACAUGGACCGCCUCAACAGGAACGUGCCAGAGAGCGACGCACGAGCCCACCAGAUGUUAAAGAGCACUCCACUGGAUCUGAUCGAGACUGGAAAGGGACUGAAGUUCCAAGCUGAGCGCCCACAUCUGGUCAGCCUAGGUAGUGGACGUCUGAGUGUUGCCAUUACUCUGCUGCCCCUGCCUGAAGGCCGCACAACUGUUGGUCAUGGUCCCAUGGACAUCAACAUCCAAGGCCCCGGGGUGGAAGCUCAGCAUUGCUACAUAGAAAAUAGGUCAGGGGUCAUCAUGCUACACCCCUGCGGGAACCUGUGUGCUGUUGAUGGACUUCAAGUGACACAACCGAUCCGCUUGUCCCAAGGCUGCAUGCUGUGUUUUGGUCAGUCGGCCUUCUUUCGCUUCAACCACCCUGAAGAAGCCUUAAGGAUGAAGAGUAUGAUGCCCCCGGGUGGCAGUGUCUCGACGGGGGACUAUAGACUAUGUGCAGACACGGAGAACUUGGUCAAUGGGAAUCAUCGGGCCAGUCCAGCACAGUCUUCCCAAGAAACUGGCGAGAGAGUCCAGUCUGAGCACAGUGCUAUUGUAAGCUCUAUUGAAAAGGACCUCCAGGACAUCAUGGACUCCUUAGUCAUGGAUGACCCUGAACCUUGCUCCUCUGAAGACAAAAAGCCCCAUGGGGGCCAAUCAGUUACUCGUUCAGCCGUGUUACCCAUGGUCAAUGGUGGGGGCAGGUAUUUGCUAUCCCCUCCUACGAGUCCUGGGGCCAUGUCAAUGGGAUCCAGCUAUGACAAUACAUCUCCACCCUUUUCCCCUCUCUCUUCCCCUUCACCAGGCAGCAGUGGUAGUUUUACUAGCCCAUCUCCUGGUGGAGCACCCCAGGAUCACAUUUCUUCUCUGCCACCAGUGCCUGCACGCUCUUCUAGCUACAACUUUACCAGCCAUUCACAACUUGUAUCCCAGCCACGGACCAACCUACCUAACUUUAAUAGUGGCGCCAUGGGUCAGAAGGUUCACGAAAGCCCCAGGCUGCAAAGGAAGAUUUUAGGGGAGGCUCAACCUAGCCCUAACCCUAGUCGCAGAGGAUUAUGGCAAGAUGGGUCAGAGAGUCCCAGACAGACCCCUCUUUUGUCUUUGAAUGACUGUCUGAGUAGCAGAAAUAUUGUGCCAAGUAGCCCUGGUUUCAAUCCCAAGUUUCCAACUUGUCCUUCCAUGUCUGCUAGUAUGAGGACCAAGACAACCACAGUGCUUCAUGAAAGACCUGCCAGUCCUUUUAGAGAUCAGCAGACAAGCUUAGCUGAUGGCUCCCUCAACUCAAGCCCAUCCAGGCAACUUUCCCAACCUACUAAGGCCUUUCAGCCUCCUCUCGAUCCUAUUGUCCAUAUCAUCCAAGGAUCACCUUGCCAACAGCUGCCAGAAAGUCCCCGCAUGGCCAGGCGAAACAUAGAACAGAAUGGCGGAGGAGGUAAUAUGAGAGAUCUUCCACCUCUAAGUCCCUCCAUUGCUCGUAGAGGCGUCCCAGUACUCCCAGGGGCACUCCCAGGAACGGUACCAACCCUGAAGACACCUGAUAGCCCCUCAGGUCUGGGCAAGCUGGUCUCAGAGAGUCCCAGGCUUCAUCGUAAGACUGGAACUACACCUGUGGAUCUGACUAGCAGCUGGGGAAUGCGAGCCCGUAGUCCUUCACCCACAUCUCUCAUGACGGAAGGUGGCACGGGAAUACAAAAGCCCAGCUUUGGGAAUUCGCUUUCUUCUGCAUAUAGUCUUGGUUCUCUGCCUGGCUCAUCUCCCAUGUCCAGCCCCAGAAGCAACAGGAAGAUAUCAAUGGGGCGACCAGGGAUGAGGGAGAGGAAGAACAGCAUCUCAGAAAUCAGCGACAAUGAAGAUGAGCUGUUGGAAUACCAUCGACGACAGAGGGAGGAGCGACUUCGAGAGCAGGAAAUGGAGAGACUGGAGAGACAGCGACUGGAGACAAUCCUAAAUCUCUGUGCUGAGUACAAUAAAGGAGAGAACAUCAGCCCAGACUCACUCAGCUUUGGGAAGACAGGUUUCCCAGGGGGGUUCUCAGGUGGCUCACUGCAGGGCGCAUCCAUCGAGAGCAUCCUCGGAGGAACAGCGACCACAGCCUCUUUGCGACUGGCACAGAGACAGAGGGAGAGCGAUGAGGAGAACCUGAAGGAGGAAUGCAGUAGUACAGAGAGCACUCAUCAGGAGGUGAGAACAUCUCCGGCUCCAUGCACAGAAUCAGCACUGCUCAAUGGAGACAAACAGCAUGAGGAUGUGGCCAGUUCAGAUCGAAUGGAGCUGGGUUACCUAGAGGAGGAGAGGGUGCGCGUUCUGUCGCGGCUUGAUGAACUCAAAACUCGGCUGAUGGAGCUGGAGCAACAAUACCAAGAGUCCAAACAAGAGGCUGAGAUGGAGUGUGCCUUGCUGCAGGGAGAGAGACAGGCAGAACUCGACCAGAUAGAGGCAGAGAUUGACAUCAUCAGUCAGCUGCAGCACAGGCUAGACGAGCUGGAGAGUGCCAUUCAGCGAGAGAAAGACAAGGAGAGGGCUCAUGUUGAGGCUGAGCGUCGGGCCCUGCAGAGACUCCAGGAGGGCCAUGCUGAGCUGAAGAACCAACUGCAUAACUGUCCCGAGUCCCUGCGUGAACAGUUGCAGGAAAAGUUCAAAAGGGAUGGAGAAGCUUUGGAAGCAGGAACCAAGAAGUUUGAAGAUCUGGAGUUUCAACAACUUGAGAGAGAAAGCAGCUUGGAGGAGGAAAGGGAAACAAUGAGCCAGCAGUUGCUGCAGGAGAGUGCAGAGUACCACAGCACUGUGGCCAAGAGGAAGGAGAAAGUGUCUGCUUUGGAGAACCAGGCCAACCAGCUGGGCCUCCAGGGAUCUCAGGAAUGUGAGCGUCUCGCCAAAGACAGGACCAUCACGCUGCAAAUGCUCCAAAAGGAGAAGGAGAGGCUAUCUGAUUUGGAACAAAGGUACCACAGUUUAACUGGAGGAAAGAGCUUCCCAAAGUCCUCUACAGCCAUGCGAGAAGAGUAUGUGAGAGUGAGCCAGUUGAGUCAGAUGUAUGGAAUGCCAAAGGUGGAAUCCUCCCCCACCUCUCCUCUUCGCCAUCCCCUGCAGUCUGGAGCCAUAGAUACCGCCUUCUCCUGCCCCCCCUCGCCUCCCAGCUCCUCCUUGUCUUUCCCUGUGGAGUCUGAGGGCAGCAGGCCUCCAUUGCCCAAACUAGAUUUAGAACAAUGGUACCAGGAGCUGUUGACGGGUUCCAGCCAGCUCUGGUCUCACCCUCUGCCGGCCAAGUCGCUGUCAGGCCGCAGACCCGCACUGCAGGUGUUCCGUUCCAAGCUUGACAGUGAUCCAGGGCAGUCUCCUCAUCAAGCCAAGUCUGGAUCUACUCUGCAGCAGGGAGCAGCAACACUGGGUCGCAACACAAGCUCGAAGAGCCCUCUUCUGAGCGCCAAAAGCUCAGGCAGCCUGCCCAGGAACCUGGCUGCCACCCUGCAGAGCAUUGAGACCAAAAGGCAGCUCGCUCUGCAGCAAAAAGAACCUCAGACCUCCAGUCAGCCACGCAUUGAAGGAAGAUCAGCAGGUCAACAGGUGAUUGAAGAGCAGCGACGUCGUCUGGCUGAGCUAAAGCAGAGAGCAGCGGCAGAAGCUCAGUGCCAGUGGGAGGCGCUCCAUAGCUUGCAGCCUCAACUCAUCAACCCCACGCUCUCCUACUCCCCAGUCAUGUCCUACAGUCCCACACUGAGUCACAGGUCUACAGGCCACCCUCCUCUGGUCCAGCACUCCAUCCUACACCACCAUCCAGCAUCAGCCGGAGAGCAGCCCUACGACACGUUGAGUCUGGAGAGCUCUGACAGUAUGGACACUAGUGUGUCCACGGGGAACAACUCCGCCUGCUCACCAGAUAAUUUAUCCAGUGUUGGAGGAGCAGACUCGCUGAAGAUUGAAGAGAUGGAGAAAAUGCUGAAGGAGGCACAGAUGGAGAAAGCCAGACUUAUCGAGUUUCGGGAACAGGAGAGCUUCACUCGCCAUCAGAUGCUGGAGGAAGAGCGGAAAAGGAGGGAAGAAGCAGAGAAAAGACUGCAGGAUGAAACUCUCCACCGACAGCAGCUGGUGGAGAAGGAAGUUACGAUGAGAGCCAAGAACUUCUCUCAGGCCCGUCCUAUGACACGCUACCUGCCAAUUAGGAAGGAGGAGUUUGACCUUCGCACUCACAUUGAGACGUCAGGCCACAGCGUGGACACCUGCUACCACAUCAUCCUCACUGAGAAGAUGUGCAAGGGCUACCUGGUCAAGAUGGGAGGCAAGAUCAAGUCGUGGAAGAAACGCUGGUUUGUCUUUGACCGCCUCAAAAGGACCUUCUCAUACUACGUCGAGCCCAAAUCCCGCCUUGACGUUUUGCGUGAAGACCCACGACCGCCUCUAUUACAUGGUGGCGCCCUCGGCAGAGGCCAUGCGGAUCUGGAUGGACGUAAUAGUCACAGGAGCCGAGGGGUACACUCAAUUCCUGAACUGACAACGCAAGUGAGGACGAGCUCGUUUUCGGCAGGGACUCUGAACACACUCCCUAUAUCUAGUCCACAGCUUUUUGCUAUGUUCGUUUUUUUUUUUGUUUUUUUUUACUCUGUUGAAAAAAUUGCCAAAUGUCAACAAUCUAGUGUAUUUGUUGGAGUCGCCAUAUGCUCAGUGAAAACGACACGAUAGAGAGAGCAAGCAAAGCUCUCCAUCCUCCUCUUUACUUUGCUUAUGUGUUGCUCCUUUAGAAAUCAGUCUUGACUUUUAAGACUCGCUCCAAAUCACACGCAGCAUUGACAACUGUUUAGUUUCAGGUGAGCUUACAGGUGCAGUAUUUGGAAGCAUUCCAGCUCAGGGCUUCAUUCAGCAGUUAUUUGAUUGUCACGCUUGUGAUCAAAGUAUUUUGUGUAUUUGGAUAACUAUUUCUCAAUGCUAAGAUGAUGACAUCAUUUGACAAUGGUGAAGUUCAAGGUACACAUUUUAUUUCUUGAUUCCGUUAGGCUGUUAGCUCAGCAUUAUCGACGCUAAAGGAGGGACCUAUUAGUAAUAUCACUAGCUAUCAAGUUCCAUAUCAACUUCAACCCAAAGACAACAUUUAGUGUUUUAGGGGCUUCUUCCUACUUCCUAUCUUAAUGCUUAACAUGACAAAGCUCAACACAUUAGCUUAAUUCUCUGCACACUUCACUACCGCAGAGCUUUAGUAAUAACUACACACUAAAUAUUAAGACAAGUAGCAGCCUGUUUACCUUAGAUUAUCUUACCUUAAAUGUAUUUAUUUUCCCCAUAGUAGGGCAUCUGCUAAUAAAAUAAGUCUGUUUUAAGGUACAGGCGGUCCGCAAACCAACAUAUUGGUCUAACAGUACAGCCCACAGUAGACUCAUGAACAGGGGUGUGCAGCUGUGCAAUGUCUUCAUGUUGCCGUCUUGUGACCUCAAACACAACCCCAUCUUUUUCGAAACCUUGCAAGCUUUUAGCUAACGACACUACACAGCUGGUAAGGCAUGAUGCCUCACUACUGACCUAAAGCAAUCCACGUACAGACGCUACGGAUGGGCAAUACCAAACAAAUCCAAUCAUAGCAAAAAAACAAAACAAAAAACAAGAAUAACACAGAUUAUCUUUUUUUGUUUUUAGAAAAUUAAAACAUUGUGAAUACAUAACUGAAAUUGUGUUUAAAAAAUAAAAUAAAAAAGAGGACAAAAUAAAUUCCAGUCUGCUGAUUCUGAUUAUGGAAAUAUUGUGGUACGUAUCGACACCAAAUGAGUACACUGCAAAAAGUCUUACCAAGAAUAUGUCUCUCAUUUCUAGUCAAAAGUCUCAAAACUAAUCUGAUUGCACUUAAAAUAAGACUCAUCACCUAAAAUUUUCAGGCGGCACUGGGUUCAAAUCCGGCCUCGCCUGUGUGGAGUUUGCAUGUUCUCCCUGUGCCUGCGAGGGUUUUCUGCGGGUACUCCGGUUUCCUCCCACAUCCCAAAAACAUGCAUGGUAGGUUAAUUGAAGACUCUAAAGUGCCCGUAGGUGUGAAUGGUUGUUUGUUUAUAUGUGCACUGCGAUUGGCUGGCGACCAGUUCAUGGUGUACCCCGCCUCUUGCCCGAAGAUAGCUUGGAUAGACUCCAGCACACCCGCGACCCUAGUGAGGAUAAGCGGUACGGAAAAUUUCUUUCACUUGUUUCAAGCAAAUUUUUUUACUUGAAAUAAGUACAACCCCAAUUCCAAUGAAGUUGGGACGUUGUGUUGAACAUAAAUAAAAACAGAAUACAAUGAUUUGCAAAUCUUGUUCAACCUAUAUUUAAUUGAAUACACCACCAAGACAAGAUAUUUAAUGUUCAAACUGCUAAACUUUAUUGUUUUUAGUAAAUAAUCAUUAACUUAGAAUUUUAUGGCUGCAACACAUUCCAAAAAAGCUGGGACAGGUGGCAAAAAAGACUGAGAAAGUUGAGGAAUGCUCAUCAAACACCUGUUUGCAACAUCCCACAGUUGAACAAGCUAAUUUGGAGCAGGUGGGUGCCAUGAUUGGGUAUAAAAGGAGCUUCCCUGAAUUGCUCAGUCAUUCACAAGCAAAGAUGGGGCGAGGUUCACCUCUUUGUGGACAAGUGCGUGAGAAAAUAGUUAAACAGUUUAAGGACAAUGUUCCUCAACAUACAAUUGCAAGGAAUUGAGGGAUUUCAUCAUCUACGGUCCAUAAUAUCAUCAAAAGGUUCAGAGAAUCUAAAGAAAUCACUGCAUGUAAGCGGCAAAGCCGAAAACCAACAUUGAAUGCCCGUGACCUUCGAUUCCCUCAGGCGGCACUGAAUCAAAAACCGACAUCAAUGUGUAAAUGAUAUCACCACAUGGGCUCAGGAACACUUCAGAAAAUCAAUGUCAGCAAAUACAGUUCGCCGCUACAUCCGUAAGUGCAACUUGAAACUCUACUAUGCAAAGGAAAAGCCAUUUAUCAACGCCGCCGGCUUCUCUGGGCCCGAGCUCAUCCAAAAGGGACUGAUGAAAAGUGGAAAAGUGUUCUGUGGUCCGACGAGUGCACAUUUCAAAUUGUUUUUGGAAAUUGUGGACGUCGUGUCCUCCGGGCCAAAGAAGAAAAGAACCAUGGACUCAAAAUUCGAAAGCCAGCAUCUGUUAUGGUAUGGGGCUGUGUUAGUGCCAAUGGCAUGGGUAACUUACACAUCUGUGAAGGUACCACUAAUGCUGAAAGGUACAUUCCGGUUUUGGAGAAGCAUAUGCUGCCAUCCAAGCAACGUCUUUUUCAUGGACGCCCCUGCUUAUUUCAGCAAGACAAUGCCAAACCACAUUCUGCAUGUGUUACAACAGCGUGGCUUCGUAGUAAAAGAGUGCGGGUACGAGACUGGCCUGACUGCAGUCCAGAUCUGUCUCCCAUUGAAAAUGUGUGGCGCAUUAUGAAGCGAAAAACACGACAACGGAGACCCCGGACCGUUGAACAGCUGAAGCUGUACAUCAAGCAAGAAUGGGAAAGAAUUCCACCGACAAAGCUUCAACAAUUAGUGUCCUCAGUUCCCAAACGUUUAUUGAAUGUUGUUAAAAAGAAAAUGUGAUGUAACACAGUGGUAAACAUGACCCUGUCCCAGCUUUUUUGUUGCAUCCAUAAACUUCCAAGUUAAUGAUUAUUUGGUAAAAACAAUAAAGUUAAUCAGUUUGAACAUUAAACAUCUUGUCUUUGUAGUAUUCAAUUAAAUAUAGGUUGAACAUGAUUUGCCAAUCAUUGUAUUCUGUUUUUAACACAACGUCCCAACAUCAUUGAAAAAAGAUUGCCAGUUGGAGUCGUCUUUUUUUUUCUCUUACUCCACUGGCAAUUUUAGUAAAACUUAGCUUGAAAAGUGUGAAAAUUGUCUAAAACCAGGUUACUUUUUAUGUGAUGAAUAUUUUAAUUAGUUUUGACCAGAUAUAGGUCCAAUAUUCUUGGUAAGAUAUUGAGAUUUUGCAGUGUAAUGUCUGGACAUAAUAUGAUCCUGGCAUUAUGAAGAUAUUGACCCGCCCAUCCCCAAAAAAACACCUUAAGACUAUACUGAGAUACAAUUCAGGAGUGUGAUUUUAUCAAACAACCAAAACAAAUGAGCUAUGUCAGUCAUCUCCCAUGCAGCAGCACGAUGCAUUGUAACAUUACUGCUUCUGUAAAUUCCCAGUGAUUGUGAGCAUACUACACAAGAGUGGCUUGGUGUCUGUGUUGACCAUGAAUUUGUCAGUCGACAGAUCUGGCAUGAAUGUGCCAGUUUGUAGCAAGCAGAGGAGGACAUGGAACUGCUUCUAGCUGACUAGGGUGGUCAUGAUAAGGUUAUUGUGCCUCAGAUAGUGACGUUUACCUCUGAUAAAUUGUCUACAAACCUUAUUAUGUCUUCCUUGCCUUUACUCUUCCUGUGUGGAAACCAAAUUUGACAAUGGCAAGGCUGUUAAAUCCUGUCUGUUGAUAUAUGAUGUACUGAUGUUAUCUAUAUUGAAAAAAUAUAUAUAUAUAUAUAUAUAUAUAUAUACUGGAUAGAAGGUGCCUGGAUGGAAGUAGACGAUUGAAAUGAAACACUCGGACACUUUUUUUUUUUUUUUGUCGAUUUUAUAUCAUGACUUACAUUUCAAAUUGUAUGGUACUGUAGUGAUGAAUUUUAUCUACUUAAAAAAGGUACAGCACCAUUCUAAAUACACCCAUACACCCACUCAAAAAGCACUCAUCUAUUCAGUUAUUGGUAACUUGUAUUAUCCUCCACUUUGAGUUAAAAACAUGGAUUUGUCAAUCCCAUUAAAACUGUUACACAACAAA